CAUGCAAAGAAUGUUAUCGAUGAAAAUCUGUUUAAGAUGGCCCGCGGUCCGGACAAUAUCCGAUGUUCAGUAUGUAUAAAACGUUGCCAAUGCGAAGCACUUCCUAGUAUUGACUCGUCCUCCUCGCGGCGCUUCACGUGACGGGGCGGAACGCGGAGUUUCUCCAUGCCGAGUGACAACGCAGUUGACCCGCGGAGCACGCGAGGCGACAUGACCACGCUAAGAAUGUACUCCGGCGCGCGGAUCCAGGGUAGACUGUACCUGCUUGUGACAGGUCAACUCCGGUCGGGCAGGCCCACCCUACAGGCGGGGCGCAUCUGGUCCUCAUACCGACGGCCAAUACUCGCCCACCACCGUCUGACUAAAAUACUAUAAAUACGGGAGAACUAUUAUUAACAACAUUACACAGCGCUGGGGUUUCCUCUAGAACUCCAUAAGAACGAUACCAGGCUCAAAGACUAGAACCUUAUUCGUACGCGUACGAUUUCGAUCAUUCCAAUAAGUUUGCGAAGGUCUUAGAAUUUACCAAGAAGGACAUUUCGCCUGAAGAGAUGAUGAUGUCGGUACAGCUUCUCCGCGCCUGCCUCGUAGCUGUGGUCGUGAAGACUUCCCUGGAGCUCCCGGCCCCGUCCAUCGUCAGACCGUGCGAUCGGCACGAUGGGUGCCGGAAGACUCGCCCCGACGCCGCCGUGUCCUCGGAGACAGACCCAGGAGACGGCUCCUCCGCAGACGACUGGUUGCCGGUCGAUGCCACUGUCGAAGACGUCUCCGAAACCUCCUACGAACCAGCCCAGGAAAAGCUCGUUUUCACAGAACUCCUAAAAUCUCUACAGCAGAUUCAAAGAAAAGCCAACAUCACCAAGCAAUCCCGACUGGGCAAACUGCUAUCCGGGCUCGUCGCGAAACAGAACAGGCGAAGAAAAGCUAAAGCAAGCAAGCUGAACACACUACUGAGCCAAGACGUCUUAACAACAACAACAACAACAACGCCUAGUGAGAACAGAGACCAAACCACCAGCUCAGACUUUAUUACGAAAGCGGCAACACCGUCCACGCCGCACCAACUGACACCCGGCACACCAACACAGAAGCCUGAAAAUGACAUCACAUUCAACGUAGAAAUGCCCGAAUGGUUCUGGGUGGCUCCCGAAAGGACUCUGUCACCCUUCCAGUUCUCUGACGACAAGCCAGCGGAGGUGGCGGAACUUCGAGGCGACGAGACCGUACAGCCUGACGGCACACUGUCAGUCGACACGAACUUUGGCGGAGAAAUCAUCCCUUUCCCCGACAGACUUGGUCCCGAUCACACCUCACUCAUCACCAGCAGCGAGCAGGACUUGCUAGACCAGCUAACGCUGUGGAGUAAAAUGUCCCUGGAAGCCGAUAAAAAUUCGUAUCCACUGGGCACAGAGCUAGAAGAGGAAGAGACGCCAAAACAAGACGAGAAGUUGUCAUCAUUAAGGAAAGAAAAGCCCGACACUCCAACAGAAACACUAAGAUGUUACCGAGAUUUGGAGACAAGAACAACAUACUACAGAGGAAAACCAUGUCCCCGACAGACCAGACCACAGCUCACAGACCCGCUGUGCCACGCCAGAAGAUUCCUCGCGGCAAACGGCUGCUGCAAAGAGUGGUGGGUCGUCUGCAAUUGAAGGACCCGCCAUGCGAGCUCCAAACGUGUCUGUAUGUACCGAGAAAUGCAUACCUCAUGAACAGACUCCAAAAACUCGCGAGAGUUUGGUGCGAGAUCUGUGACGUCAAAGAGUCCAAGUUGAGAAGGGUGCGGCAGCUUUGGAUUGGCAAAACUGUCGAAGUACUGACCAAGGACUCUUUGCGAUGACUGUACAUAACAAAAACGAUACAUGGACUCUAUUGAGACCGUAUAUAUUCUUCUGUAAAUACGCGAUGAUUGUAUAGUCGGAAAUGAAUUCCAGCUCUAGUCCGCAAGAGCUCAUGUUAAAUUAUUAGUAGCAGUGCGAAUAUAGCAACACUGUUAGUAAGUUAUUUUCAACGUAAGUUAUUGUCAACGUUAGAAUUCCGAUCCAUUCCUGGCAGAAAUAUCCAGAUGAUUUUCAUGUAUAUUUAUAAAGAAAAGUAUGGUAUCUUGUUGAGAACGGUUGAUGUAAAAUAAAGUAACU